AUGUCAUCCAACUCCAACGAAAAAUGCUUCCCUCGCCCAGCAGCGGGGUAUACCCAAUCAUUUUGGCGGACACAACCAGAUCCACUCGACAACCACCAAACUACAACAGAACUACCAAAAGAAGCCGAUAUCCUAAUUAUCGGCGGCGGCUAUGUCGGAGCCUCGGCUGCUUAUCGCUUGCUUGCAGAGAACCCGCAAAAUCCAGCUCCUCGCGUGGUGUUGGUUGAGGCUCGGGAACUUUGCUCCGGUGCCACCGGGCGCAAUGGCGGCCAUUUGAGACCAGAUAUCUAUUCAGCAACGGCCUUGUUCACCGAACGCUAUGGCAUCGAAGCAGCAGCAGAGAUCGUGCGGUUCGAAAUCUCGCACUUGAAGAUUAUGGAAGAGCUGGUCCGUAAAGAGAACAUUGAUUGCGAACUCACUUUUACCCGCUCUUAUGAUAUGUAUCUUGAUGAAGACCAGCUUAAGAAGGCGAAAGCCUUCUACGACUUUCUGGUUGACCAAGGACUGGACUUUAUGAAUGAUGUUAAAUACUUGUCUCAAGCAGAGACCCAGGAUAUAGCGCAUGUCCGAGAUGCCAAGGGAGGCUUCAGUUUCCCAACAGGCCAUCUUUGGCCUUACAAACUCGUUUCCCAUCUUAUUCGCAUCGCCGUUUCUCACGGCCUGAACUUGCAGACCAAUACACCGGUAUCUGAAAUCGGAGAGACGCCAAACGCAGAUGGAUCCUGGCCGGUAACUACCAGUCGUGGCGUCAUUAACGCCCGCAAGAUUAUCCUCGCGACCAACGCGUUUACCAGCGCCUUAGCCCCGGAGUAUUCCAAAGCUAUCAUUCCCUGCAAGGGGAUCUGCAGCCAGAUCGCUGCGGCACCUGGUGCGCCUCACCAGGAAUUGCCUGGUACGUAUUGUAUCCGAAUCGGUCCGGAGGGAUAUAUUUAUCAGAUUUCCCGGAAUGACGGGUCGCUCAUUGUCGGCGGGGCGUCGCAUCUUUUCAAAGAUGAUCGCGAGGAGUGGUAUAACAACCCCGAUGAUGGGAAGUUGAUUAAGGUUGCGGCGGAUUACUUUGAUGGGUACAUGCAACGCACGUUCCUUGGGUGGGAGGAUAGUAGGGCGGAGAUCAAACAUAUCUGGGCUGGUGUCAUGGGGUACAGUGCAGACUCGUUGCCUCAUGUUGGCAGUAUUCCCGGUAAACCGGGUCAGUUUAUCGCGGCGGGAUUCAAUGGCCAUGGUAUGCCUGUGGCAUUCUUGUCCGGUAGGGCUGUUGCGGAUAUGGCCCAGAGCUCGGUCACGUUUGAGGAUACUGGUCUACCCAGAUUGUACAAGACAUCACUUGCUAGACUGGAGCCAGUUUUUGAUGACAUCCUAGGUUAG